GCCUUAGUGCACCGGCUCCGGAGUGGAGCAAGCACAGGGCAGCCACCACGAGUGGAUCUUGCUGAUGCCCCCAACUUUUCUCCGGCUGAGACGUGGUCGUGUUACGUCGAGGUGCUGCAGCACUGCACAGCCGCUUGGGCUUCUGGCCCGGAGCGGCUUCGCUCGCUGCACCUGGGCCGUGAGGCCCCGAGUUCUGUCCUGUCGCUGAACCAGCUGCUGGCAGCGACUCCCGAACUGCAGCCUUUGCUCCAACGAUGGCGCUGGAGGGUGGUCUCGGAGAACCCCCACCACGAGUUGAACGCCGACGCCGCACCUGAGAUGCUGUCAGAAGUGGAAGAGCGGCUCUACAACCACUACCAAGCAAACUGGUUCCAUACAGAAUCGGACAGCGGGCGGCUAAUAGAGGGGGACUCGUGGAAUGCCAAGCAGUACUUCUGGUGGUUCGGUCUGGGUCGGAGAGACCUGGCCGAGCGCCUGGUUCACCUCGCCGUGGCUUCUCCAGCACCGGGAACGCAGAACCAUCUUGCCGCUUCUUUGGCAACGGUCGUGGCAGCUCUAGGAGGUCUGCGCGUGGGCGGAUGCUUGAUCCUGCACAUGCCACGACGCGGGCUAACGCUUGCCGGACUUGUGCAGCAUCUCUUCCAGCAUUCCGAGCUUGUGGCAGUCCCACGCGGCACUGCGGGACAGUCAGAGGUUUUCGUGGUUGGUUGGCAGUUUCGUGGUGUGCAGCCGGCCCUGCUGCAAGCCCUCAGUGGUGCAGUGAGCAAGGAGCUCACGUCCAAGCAGGGCACAGGGCUGGUGGAUGCGGUCCUGGGCGAUCCAAGCCUACCAGGCAGGUUGGAGGCAUGGCAGCGUCUCCUCGUGGAAGGGCCAAGCUCAGCUGUCAGGACCCCUGCGAAGCCGCCGGUGCAACUGCACUUGCUUUGGGGCCACUGCCACGAGUCGCUCCUGCAAAGCCCGCCAGGUGCAAGUGGAACUAGCACACAGCAGCCCGACUUCCAAGCCUUGAUCCAGCGACGGCGACGGCUUUGGAUGGAGGUACCUGCCGCGAAGCGAGCGCGAUGCACCCAGUCGCGCUUUCAGGGCGGCCGAAGUUGGUGUCAAGGAUGGCGGCAGAUGAUGCGGAGCCGUGAAGCUGACCGCGUCCUGUUGCAGACCUUGGAGAUCUCUGCGGAAGCCGCGGUGACGGCGGCCAAGCUCUGGUGGAAGGAGAUACGGCUGCAACCUCCCUGGGCAUUCGUGCAUUCCUCCGUCGCCGAGCCCGAGAAGCUCCGUGCUGGGAUUUCGUCUCGCUUGGCCAGCGAAGAACGUGGAGGUGCUAGAGUUGCUCGGCUCUCUGACGAAGCUCCGCCGCUUCUGGCUGCCUUCGUUGAGCUGUUGUCUUCGUGGCUGCCGAAGCGGCUGGCAUCGGAAGGAGGUGAGGCACUGGCAUGCCAGCAAUGUCUUGUAGUGACGCCUGGUGGAGACGAGACCGUUUCCAGGUGGCUGCAGAAUGCGAUGGGCAUGUCGCAGGCACGGACCUUGCACGUGCCGUCCGAUGGUGCAGAUUCAGAACUUGCAGGAGGUCAGGCAAACCUGGUGCUCGUGGAGCUUUGCCAGACUCCAGAUGCGCAUCACACUUGUGAGCUCGUGGGGAAGCGAGCCGCCGAGUUCAUGACCAGCAUCGCAGACGAUGAGGUGAACGAAAUGGCUUCUGGAACAGUGCAAGGUCCCGAGGCUGAUCGCGCUUGGCAGCUACAGGUUUGCACCAAGUGUCUGAAGAAGAAACCAGGCUUUGACACUCUUGGGAGCUUGAGGGAUCUUCAGCUGGCACAGGGAGGAGACUCGGAUUUGAUCGUGGAGCCCGUGGGCUGCCUGAAGCAAUGCAAGCAUGGGCCGAAUGUGAGGGCAGUGAGCCCAGACAGUGAGCAGGUCGGCCUUGCAGUGACCGGAAUGUUACCAGAGGAAGUCGAGGCUCGAUGCUUUCGGCACGUGAACGACACCGCUGCGGCACAGCGAGUUUUCGACUCCGUCCGCCAGGCGGUGAUGCUGAAAUCAGGCGGCUCGUCCAGACCGGAUCGCGACAAAGGAGCGCAGCCGAAGCUGGAUGCGACCAUGGGCCCCAUGGGGAGCUCCACCAAGGAGAAGCAGAGAAGGGGCCGAGUCCGAAAGUCCCUGGAGAAUCGACUGACCAACAUCCUGGAGGGCUUACCGGUUCGAUUUUCUGGUGAAGCCGGCUUGGAAUGCCAGCCAGCCUGGCGUCGCGAUGCCAUUGGGGCCAUUUCGCUUGCCCUUCGCGCCGUGGCUGCGGGAGGUGACAUGUUCUUGCAGCUUCCGAGCUUGCUCACCCGCUUCACUGCAGGGGUGGUCGCUCUGCUGUCCGUCAACUUCCGCUGGGUUGCGCUUGCACACGAGACGAUCAGCUGCGCACACGGCUGCGUCUGGCUGAUGUGCAACUCGCACGUUGCGGGCAACAAAGGGGCACGCGCCACCCAGACGCUGCUGGCGCAUUUGUGGUCCAAGCUGCGAGACUUACCUGAGGGAACAUCCGUGGCUCAGGUUUUGCCCGAGAGUGUCCUCUCUCGUGAUGCUGACGGGCUGUGGAGAUACAUCACCAGCUUCAACAAUGCCGUGCUGGAUGCAGAGCUGACCAGCUCAGCCCUGUCCCAGACCGCUGACGCGGAUGAAAAUGGAGACUCUGAUGCAGGCCAAUAUCUCGCUUGGCUAACCCGGCUUGGCCUAAAGCCGUAUCUCUACUGCGGCCCCGAGCAUCGAGAGAUUGUGGGCGUUUAUUUCGGGACGUUUGACCCGCUGCACGAGAAUCACUUCCGAUUGGUGCUGUGUGCUUUGAGACGAUGUGGGGCUCGUCGUGUGGUGCUUGUACCGAAUCAGGGAGGCAAUCCGUACAAACCGAGCUGCUCGCCGCUCGUGGAACGCAUUCGCUGCAUCGAGGAGCGACUGAAGGCAGCGGAGGCCGCACAUGACAUCGAGCCAGGAGAGGUGCUGGUGCGAGCGGAGGCCGGCGCAAACAACUGGCCCCAGCGCGAGAAAGUGGCGCAGUCUUUGGAGCUGCAUGAGCUGGCCAACAGCAGAGCGACAGCAAGAGUUGCUCUUCUCUUGGGCGAGGACUCCUUCACGAAGUCAUUGAAGCAGGCUUCAGGCAAGCACCGGAACUCCGGCAUCUUCCAACUGCAGACGAAGCCGCGCCGACUAAUCGUCUUCCCUCGCGGUCAAGAUGAGUCGACAAUUCUGCAAAUGGUGCCGGAGAAGUUGCGGAGCUGGGUUCAGGUGGCACCAUAUCGGGAUUUGGUGGAGGGGCUGAGCUCCUCGAAGAUCCGGAGCAUCCUGAAGUCUGGGGGCAAGGCUCCUCCGAGCACAGUACACCCAGUCGUGUGGAAUCGGUUGCUUCAGGCAGAGAACAGCUGGGACAGCCAGCAGGACUUGGCAGACGACUUCAGCGAUGAGCAGGAGCCGGUGGAGGAAGCAGGCCGUGUGUUCCAAGACCCGCGCACACACUAUGAUGCUUUGGCACCGCAGUCUAUGCAGCAGCGGCUUCUGUCGCCGACCGUGCGACUGAGGAACUUUAACUCUUUUGCCAAGGCUGGUCUUUUGGAGCAGUUCCUGAGCAAGGUGCUCCGGGAGGUUCGCGGGGAAGAUCCUCAGAUUUCUGUGCUGGACUUGGGCUGUGGCAAGGGCGGAGACGUGAAGAAGCUCAUCAACUCCGGUGUGACGGUGUAUUGUGGCGUGGACGUUUCCUUUAGCUCGCUGGAGGUCCUGGUUCGACGAGUGCAGGAGCUCCAGCAGAAACUUGCAGCCGCCAAGCACGGAUCCCUCGGCCGUGUUCGAGGGUGCCCACUUGUGGAGGUUUCCUUGGUCCACGCGGACUGCUGGCAGCAGCGGCUGGAGCCAGCCUGGGAUUGCAGCGCUAGGCAUGGGACCGCCCGAUUGGACUCAAUGGGGAAGACUUGGUUUCAUCUGGUCACUUCCCAGAUGGCUUGCCACUACGCGUUCCAAAGUCAGGCAUCUGUGGAUGUGAUGCUGCAGAACGCCUCAUCUCGUUUGUGCCGUGGCGGCUAUUUUGUCGGAACGGUCCCAAAUUCGUCAAGAAUCGUUUCGCUCGAGCGCGCCCGUGGCGUGGGGAACGAUCCUCGAAGCAUUGGCAACAGACUUUUCCGGAUCGACUUCAGCAAGGAGGAGUGGAAGAAGGUCGAAGCAGCGCCGGACCUGUGGCACCAAGAUGGUGCCUCGGAGGUGGACUCGCGUGCCUUCGGAGUGAUGUACACGUUUCACUUAGCAGAUGCGGUCGAGGCUUGGUUUGCCAGAGAGGGUCGCUAA